AUGGUAGCCAACGAUCCCAGUCCUUCCCUGUCUGCUGUUGGAACAGUUUCAUCAACCGAGAGGAGCUGUAAUGGUGCGCAGGGGGAAAGCUUCUGGGAACCGUGUAGCAUAAUCACAGACCACCAGGAUGUAUUCGUGACCGCUACUGCUCUUAGGUCUCAGUGGAGCGGUUUGAAUGGGAAGACGCUGAUCCCCACCCGACGGCCGUGCAGACGCUCCUCGUCGAGCGUUGAGAUACUGCAGCGCAAGCCGGGCAGCGGUGAGGCCAUCCUCCGGGUCGUGCUCCUUCACCCACGUCCUCACGUCAGCUGGAAGCACACGCAGCAGCUGCUCCAGGAUGACGAUCUCCCCGAUCUGCUCCUUGCUGUGUUGCUCUGGGCGGAUCCAGCGACGGUAGAGGCCCUUCAGGCGGUGGUAUGUCUCAGUCGGAUUCUCCCCAGAUGGCACCACAGUAGACCGGAACUGCUGACGGCCUCCAACGCCUUUCCGGACAGCAGUGGCACCAGGCGACAUGCCCACUCAGUCUCUGGCCAUCUCCACGUCCUGGCAAUCCGUUCAAAACGUAGCAGCUGGAGUCCUCCUGUGCCACUGGAUGCCGUCGACGGGACGUUGCAGCUGGUGUUGGCAGAUCCAACCUUGGGCUACUCACUGCGGCUGAGCUUGGUCCAGCGGCUUUGGGACUGAUGUUGCGCCGCCGACCAGAAUGGUGCUCUGCCCUGGAAAAAGAGGCUUCCAAACCUUGGAGGGCAGCGAUGAAUCUGUCCUCCCGCUGCUGCUGUCCACGGAGGAAGUCUCCCAUCAUAGCCGCCAAGUCACCUUCUGGGCCUUUGGUCAGGCCUGGAGAACCACCAGAGGCACCAGGAUCUACCACCUCCUCCUCAGAGGAUGAAUUGGACAACAGAGGGACUGCAUCCGAUGUUGGUUCCAUCUCCUCCUUCUGGGAACGCAGACCUCUGUGUCUCACCUUUUUGCGGCCAGCCAUCUGCUUAUCCCACUUCUGACACCAACUGUCGUGGGUCCCACCAGGGAAUGAUUGGGCAGAGGCGCCAAGGUGAAAGUAUUCUUGACUUUAAUGCAAGAACAGAGCACACCAAUUGCUCCACAAAGGUUAACCAACAUAGACUUCUCCAAUCCAACACUCCAAAUUCUCCUCUCAGACUCUCCAACUUCUCCACUCAGACUCCCACACUGACAGCUGUAUCUGGUUCUCUUUUAAGUGGUAAGCCCCUCCUCCUGGGCGUUGCUCUCCAUCAGUCCAAAGAGAAAAUAGGGACAAGUGUUUACAUUGUUCAAGAACAUAAACAUACAGGAAUAAACAGUUUCAUUCAACUAAACAUUCUGUGUCGUGUACAGAAAAAUAACAAUAAUCAUCAAUAAAAAUAAAUACAAACAGUGACCGAUGCGUCACAUGACCCAGGGUGUCCAUGACCACUUCCGGGUUACCCGGUUACUUCUGGGUAAACAAACCAACGUUAAUGUUGGCGUCGUGUGUGCUUCGUGUUAAUGUAUGCAUGGGGAUGGUGAGUCGGCAACCUAGUGUGCACCCAGGGCUACCUGCAGAGGGAUAGGGACGGAAUGAAAAGG